AUUCGAUCAUGGAUGAAGAAUGCAAAGGCACCACAAUCAAUCUUGAAACUAUCAUGAAGAGAAUUCAUGGAGAUGACUCGUCUCCAUCACAUGACAGCUUCGAUUCAGGAAGCGAUAGUGGGCUGGUAAAGCCAUCCUCAUUAGCAGAAAGAUUUAAAACAAAUCCGAGGUUCAGUGCUAAAGCUAAUAGUGAAAAAAUAACACAGUUCCCGAAGAGACUGAAUUACAGUAUCAUCCAAAAAAUGAGAGACAAAGGGAUGCUAAAACCAAAGAAAGCCUCAUCACCAGUUAUUAAUAAGGGGAUUUUAAAGAAUCUAUCUACCAAAUCUCUUACAAAAAGCAAGAAGUUGUUAUUUACAACCAGCCCAAAGAAAAAAGUUCUCCUUUCUUCAAGAGCUCCUAGUAAAAAAUCUAGAACUAGUCUAUCAGAGAAAGAUUCCUCUGUGAAAAGUCCUUUGCCACCCAAAAACAAAAAUUCCCUGAAACACAUCUAUCCUGCCUUCAUUGAUGCCAUACAGAAGAGGGAAGACGAAGAAGAGGAAGAGCAGUAUCCUUUCAGUAAGCGCGAAGCUAUAAAACUCGCACCACUGAUUGGCCUGAACGCUCUCACUCCCAGGGAUAAGUUGACCAAGGAUUACAAGAAAUAUGCAUGGUUCUUGAAAAUCGUCCUUGGCAGCAAACUUCCACCUGGGUACACCAGAGAAACUGCUCCUGGAAAAGAAGUCAUAUAUUUUAAUGAAAUUACUGGGAAAGUAAGUAAAGAACACCCGAGAGCAGGGUUCUUCAAAUAAGACCUUCACUAAAAUUGUCAAGGCCGAACUGGAAUCUAAGAAAAACAAUGUUAUGGACAAGAUCGUCAUUGAUGAAGCAACCAAACAUAGCAUUGCACAAAGGUCUGAGAAGAACAAGGAAAAAGUUGUUCGCAAUACUAAGAAAGGUAAAAGAAGCAUCAUUCUGGGCAGCAGUCUUUCUAAGUCACUUGCUGAUAAACUUACCAAUAAGAUUGAAUCACAAGAGCCUACCUCUAGGGAAAUAAACAAGUCUACUGAAAGAUAUAAUAUGCUAACAAAAUUUAUCCAAAACAAGUCUCAAAGAGUUAAUCCAAAAAUUGAAAGAAAACAUGAGAAAAACCAGACUCUCAAGUAUUAUCAAUUUCUUAAAAGAACAUUUGGAGACUCUAUCAAUGCCAUAUUUGAUAACGAUAGUGUGAAGGCUGAGAUUCUCUCAUUCUUCCCUACAUUAACUUCUGAAAUACUCCAAGAUAUUGAAGAAAAGUAUCAUAGCGAUCAAAAUUUGCAGGAAAAUAAGCGAUACAAAGCGACUUUCCGAAUCAAACCCGCCACUCAGACUAGCUUCAAAAAGCACCAGAUUAGAAGCCAAAAGUGUAAAAUCAAGCGUGCAGCCGCAGUUAGAGCUAAUUCAAGACUAUUCCUAGAAAAGGCAAAAUAUCUCGACAUUAAAUAAAAUCCCGAGUGACGAAGAACUUAUCAUAAUCAGCCAGCAGCUGAGCAUCAAUAUCCCGAAGGAUGAUCCGAACCUGCUGUUAGCCAUAUUCAAUGCCUAUAUGGACUUUAGAGAGAAACAUAAGGUUCCAUGGAGAUAUAGGAACUAUCAGGAUAAAUAAAUAUUGGGUCUACAAAAAUGACAUCAGAGAGACAUAUCCUUACCUUGAGGAAAUGAAGAAGAUAGUCAGUGCCAUAUUUGGCAUAAAACCAGAGUCAAAACCCAGCAAGAUCACUCGACGAACCAGUAGUAAAUCUUUGGGGAUCAUGACAGAUAAGUCCUUAAUUAACACCCAAAGUUAUACUCAUGCAAUGACUCAGAGGGAGAACCUGACUCUCUCUCCUGAGAAAAUUUGAGAAUCCAACAAAAUACUUAGCAAGAUUAGCACUUCUGAAAACAUUAAAGAUCUGGUUAGCAUAAUCAAUAAAGAAAGAGAAAAAGUGUCUGAAGUGUUUAUAUCAAAUUCCAUAGCAAAGAGGUCUGGUAAAGGCUUUAUUGCUAGUGCUAGUCUCCCCAAUCUUCACAAAGAGUGAACCUACAACCUUGAAGAUUUUAAGAAAACAAUAGGAGCUAAUAUUACUGAUAAGGAAGCCAUGGACCUUUUAUUCUACUGUCCCUUCAAAUUCCCUGAUACAAGAGACAUAAAAUAAGAGAAACUCUGUUGACCGCAAAUGUAUGAAGUUGAGCAGCUUUUCAAAGCGGAAAAUCAAGACAAAAUACAGCAUCUGAAAUGCAAAGCAAGACUCCAUCCCAGUUCCGAUCAAAAAAGAAAUCAAGAGACUUCAGCCUAUAAAAAACACUGACCUCCUUCUUGACAUUAUAUCUCUUAGUGCUGAGAGCAUUCAGAGCCAGGAUACCGUCUCAGAUGCCACAGAUGGUGUAUUUAUGAAAAUUUCUGAAGAUCAUGCCAAAGGUCUUGAGAACACUAAAUCAGAUACCUCUACAGAAAAGAAAAAUGACCAAAGAGACUCAACUCAGAGGGAUUUUGAUAACCCUGAGAUUGUAAUCUUACCUUCAAAGACACUUCCAGAAAAUAUAAACGAAAAGGAUCAAAUCAUAAAAAUCCAGCCUGGCCAAGAAGUCAGCAUCGGUAGAGAGACCGGUGGGGAUAAAAUCAAGAUCCAAGACCUCUCUCAAAGAACUCGAAAUCCUCCGAAGGAUUAUGUCUUUGCAGAAAAUGCGGAUACCAGUUCCAAAUUAAAUGUUCCAUCCAAAAAGAGAAGAUCCAGUAUAUUUUGCAAUAACAACUCUAGCCCUGGAAUUUAAAGCAACUACAAAGAGACUUAGUGAUGAAGAGCUACCCCAGUUCAAGAACUUAAGCAGCGAAGGAGCCAUUACAAGUGAAGCUGCCCAGUCCACUUUUAGAAUGAACCCUAUGGGGAUUGCUGGAAUCGAUAGGUUUCGACUCAACUCUAAGGAGAUGGGCAACAAUAGUUCAAAGUCACUAUAUCCAUUAACCCAGAGGAGGAAGAUAAAUAUUAAUAAUAAUCUGGACAUGAAAGAUCCCUAUAUUCAAAAAUAGGACAAAACUGACUCUAAGACAGGCAAAGUUGAUGGCAUCUCUUAAUAAAAACAAAAUUAACAGGGGGAAAUUCAAUUACAUGUUGAACCAUAUUACUUCGACAAAAGCUAGAAGGGUCAUCCAAAAGCUAUUAGGUCCUACUAAGAUUAUUAUGAAUGAUUUCAAAAAUGAGUCAUCUUUAGUAGAAGAGGAAAGUGACCUCAUCAAUUUACCAAAAGAAGUUGAAGAUAUUAUAUCUGAGUACAACUCAAUCAGACUUUCUCUACUAAGAACUCAAUUCAAGGAGUCUGAGAAUACACUUGGGUCGUCUUAUAAAUUUGAUGAAGAUCAGAUAGAGAAACCUUUUCAGAGUAUUUCUUCAACAGGUGUGAUUCCAAACACCUCUCGGAAAACUUACGGCCAAGAAAUAGCUAAGAAUACCUUUUUGAGUAAAUUCUUUUAACAAAUUAACCUUUCAAUUUCA